AUGUCCGCAGACGCAUCCUCGACUAGUAGCAGACCCGCGAUCACUGUGCUCUACUUCGCCGCGGCGUCCACUGAGACAGGCCUUACCUCCGAAAGGGUGCCACUCCCGGCGUCGUAUGGCCUGCCGCUCAGUGCUCUAGCGGACGUUCUCACAGCACGGCACCCGGGGACGCACCUUGGUGAGGUGCUCGCACAGAGCCAGUGGGCGGUCGACGAGGAGAUGGUCGAGGACCCCGCGCAGGUCGUUCUCAAGGGCGGAGAGGAGGUCGCGGUGAUAUGUCCAGUUUCUGGGGGGUGA